AUGCCCUCAAGCUUAAAUCCCUCCGGCUCCAACGAUAAUUGCUUCUUCGUCACAGCAGCGUACCUGCUGGGUCUCCAGAAUGUAAACGAGCUUCCACAGCCCGUCGUGGCCGAGAUGAACCGCCUGAAGGGGAAAGGCAUGUUCCCUCACGACGGGGUAAGCACGGAAAUGGAGGACUGCUUAAAACAGAUGGGCCAUCCAUACCUACUAAAAACCUGGGCCUUCACACCCGAGGGCUCGGAGGUGCUCGGCGGCCAGCACGGGGGCGGCGACGGAAACCUCGUCUGGCGGGGCGAGCAGUUCCUCUUCGGAGACCCAGAGUGGAACGUCGACCAGAUCGGUAUCGGGUACGCCACCAAGUCCGGCACAUAUCACUUCAUCGUCGUGAAAGACACAAACCCCCCGUCGUAUGUAUGUUUCCAGCACAACACUAGCGGGACGGAUAAGUGGAUGGAGGUGAGGGGCAGAGAGGAGGAAGUCAACGGGAACUGGCACGAUGUCAUCCUUCAAGAAAGAUCAAAGGUCCUCUGCGCUUUUGCCUUCAAGGAUGUGUCUGGGAACAAAGAGGCUCCAAAGCCGAAGACCCGCGGGUUCUGGUCGAAGUUUUGUUGCUUCUGCUAA